AUGUCGUCCGCUGAGCAGGCUGCUACUGAGACCCCCGCUGCCGCUCCGGCCGCUUCCCCUGCCGUCGAGGCCACCCCGGCCGUCGUCGACAACGGCGCUGGCGCCGAGGCCGUCCCUGCCGCUGAUGUCGCUGCUCCUGCCGAGGGUGCCGAUGCCCCCGCUGCUGCUGGCGACGAAUCGGCCGCCGUUGACCCCAAGUCCUCGCUCACCGUGCGUGCGCUCGUCAGCACCAAGGAGGCCGGUAUCAUCAUUGGCAAGGGCGGUGCCAACGUCGCCGAGCUGCGCGAGAAGACUGGUGUCAAGGCUGGCGUCAGCAAGGUUGUCCCUGGCGUGCACGACCGUGUCCUGAGCGUCACCGGCACCCUCGAGGGCGUCGCCGAGGCUUUCUCGCUGAUUGGCAAGACGAUCCUCGAGAACCCGCUCAAUGUCAACGCUGACGGCACCCCCGCCCAGCCCGCCAACCAGCUCACCUCGGUCCGCCUGCUCAUCUCGCACAACCUGAUGGGCACCGUCAUCGGACGCCAGGGCCUCAAGAUCAAGCACAUCCAGGACCUCUCGGGCGCCCGCAUGGUCGCCUCCAAGGACAUGCUGCCGCAGAGCACCGAGCGCGUUGUCGAGGUCCAGGGCAGCGUCGAGGCCAUCCGUGUCGCCAUCCUCGAGAUCGCGAAGUGCCUCGUCGAGGACUGGGAGCGCGGCCAGGGCGUCGUCCUGUACCACCCCGGCCAGGGCGAUGGCGCUGGCGUCCUUGCCGCUGGAGGCAUUGGCGGCCUGCAGCAGCAGAGCGGCGGCCGCCGCAACAACAACGGCCAGGGCAACCAGCAGGCCGGUGCUGGCGGCAAUGCGAGCGGACCCGCAUACCUGACCAACGCUGUGGGCAACCUCAGCCUCGGCGGCGGCGCCUCCAACGGCCAGGGUGCCAACCGCAGGGAGGGCGGCGCUCGCCGCACCGACCCCAACGCCGCCGUGACCCCUGGCGGUGGCCUUGUUGCCGGAACCACGCCGGUGUCGGCCAACGGCGGCAGCCAGGCGGCCUCUGCGCCGCCGCUCGUCGACCAGGCCAACCUGCGCACGCAGAACAUCUCGAUCCCCUCUGACAUGGUCGGCUGCAUCAUUGGCAAGGGCGGCAGCAAGAUUACCGAGAUCCGACGCCUGAGCGGAUCGAGGAUUAGCAUCGCCAAGAUCCCGCACGACGAGACGGGCGAGCGCAUGUUCACCAUCCAGGGCACGCCCGAGGCCAACGAGAAGGCCCUCUUCCUGCUGUACAACCAGCUCGAGACUGAAAAGGAGCGACGGACCAACAACACCGCCGCCCAGAACGAGGACGAUACCCAGGCCGCGGCCACCUCGGCCUAG